AUGGUCAGCGGUGUGGAACGAUCUCUAUUCACCAAAUCGGCAUGGGCUGCACCUGCUGCUUCGAAUUCGGCCUUCACCGCAAACAGCGGAUCCAUCUUCGGACGUAAUGUAAAUUAUGAGGAUAUCAUCCGAGCGGAGAAAGCAGAACGGGAGAGGAAGGCCGCAAAGGCCAAAGCGCGCCAUGAGAAGCAAAAGAGCGAGGGACCCGAGACGAAAAGGCGAAGAAGAUCAGCAGAAGAGCAUGACAAGGAGCGCAGUUCAGAAAGCGAGGUGGAGGCGAAGAAGCAGAACAGGGGCAAGAUUCGAGAAAGACCAGUGACGCGCAGCACGCCCACGAAAGAGAAGUUCUUGAGUGACGGACUGGAUGCAUCCCCGAGCACAUAUCGGUCUCCGCGACGAAAGGCAGCCGCGAAGAGUACCGUCAUAAGUCUCGACGACGACGACGACGACGACGGUCUGAUCAUGCUUACUCCUAAAAAACCCGUGAAAGCGAGUCCCAAAAGGCCAAAAGGAGCCGAGGUACUGGAUGGAAAAGAAUCAGAAGAGGAGGAUGAAUACCUACGUGCUCUGAAAAAAAAAGCGCGCGAAAAGGCUCGACUGCAACGACAGGGCGGCGGUCAAACGGAGAAGAGACCUAGCACCCCGUCUGCUCGCGCGUCUUCAACAACCCUUGAAAAUGCCGAUCCAAGAUCGCCUUCUGUAGUGCAUUCACAGCAUGACAGUCGGCCGACCUCCUCCAGAUCUAUCCCAGACUCCAGCGCGUCGGCGAGACAUACACCCAUCUCCGAACAAGAGGAUGACCCAGAAGUCAAGAUUCUGAUCCAGUCCGAAAUUCCCGGGGCCAAAUCUCUCAUCGUGAAGCGAAAAGCGUCACAGUCCCUGAAGCAAGUGAAGGAAUUCUGGUGCCGGAAAUUCGACCUCGAGGAAUCCGUCGCGAGACAAGUCUUCUUCACCUGGAAGGGGACCAGGCUUUUCGACUCGACGACAAUGCGGGGGAUCAUCCGUGGAUUGAAGAAGGACCACCACCGCCAGCAGCAGCGGCCACGGAGUUUGAGCCUGAGCAUCGACGAUGAGGAUGGUGAUGAUGGAUACAGCUCUAGCAACGCGAAGGAUCCGAGCGGAGGGAACAUCAUGCUCGAAGCCACGACGCCGGAGAUCUACGAGCAGAAACUGCGCGAGAAAGAGCGUUGCCGACAACGACAACAACCACCGCAAGCAACUACCUCUUCUACAGACAGCGGACAGGAAGACCAAGACGAGGAAGGCGAUGAGAAAGAUCAGGAAGAGGACACCACACACGCUGCUAGAGCCGCCACGAGAUCCGCCUCAGAAACGACAGUGGCAACGAACCAGAGAGACCAAGGCGCGAUCGUGAUAAGGCUGGUAAGCAGGGACCUCGAGCCUAUGCAGCUCCGGGUGCGGCCGCACACGACGAUGGACAAGAUCAUGCGCGGCUACGCGGCGACGCGGAAGGUGGACGAGGGCAAGACGCCGUGGUUGAUCUUCGACGGCGACAGGCUCGACCGAGAGAGCACGGUCGAGGACGUCGGCCUUGAGGACGACGACGAAGUCGAGGUCAGCAUCCGCUAA